ACUUUUUUCAUUUCCAACAAAAUUAAUUAGGUCCCUUAAAUUAUUACCCAAAACCCAAUUGGUUUGCCUUAAUUUCUCAGUUCUUCUUCUCCAAUGCACAAAUGGAAGCCCCGCCACGAAUCCAAGCUCACCCGACCCGAACUCCUCAACCGCAUCACCCGCCUCCUUAUUCUCGGCCGCUGCGAAGCUCUCAGCAAACUGAAUUUCGAAUUCUCCGAUGCUCUUCUCGAUUCCCUUCUUCUUAAACUCAAAUUAAACCCUAAUGCUUCCUUAAAUUUCUUUAAAUUAGCCUCCACACAGCCCAACUUCAGACCGAACAUCAACUCCUACUGCAAGCUCGUUCACAUUUUGUCACGCGCUCGAAUGUACGACGAAACCAGGUCGUAUCUGAACCAAUUGGUAUCCAUUUGUAAGAAUGAUUACUCUUCUACUAUUGCUUGGAAUGAGCUUGUUAGGGUUUAUAAACAUUUUAAGUUUUCCCCUACUGUUUUUGAUAUGAUUUUGAAGAUAUAUUGUGAGAGAGGUAUUAUCAAGAAUGCACUCUAUGUGUUUGAUAAUAUGGGUAAGUACGGCUGUGUCCCGAGUUUGCGGUCUUGUAAUAGUUUGCUGAGUUGUUUGGUUAAACAAGGUCAAAGUAGUAGUGCAAUUCUUGUUUAUGAUCAGAUUAAUAGGUUAGGGAUUGUGCCUGAUGUUUUUACGUGUUCGAUUAUGGUUAAUGCUUAUUGCAAGCAAGGAAAAGUGGAUAGAGCUUUUGAUUUUGUCAAGGAAAUGGAUCAUUUUGGCUUUGAGUUGAAUGUUGUCACUUUUAAUAGCUUGAUUGAUGGCUGUGUUAGUGUUGGCAAUAUGGAUAGAGCUAAUAUGGUUUUGAGAUUGAUGAGUGAAAAGGGGAUUUUGCGAAGUGAGGUUACAUAUACGACAUUGAUUAAAGGUUAUUGUAGGCAAUCUAAGUUGAUAGAAGCGGAGAAGGUGCUUAGAGAGAUGAAGGAAUGUGAGGGUAUUGUACUGGAUGAAUAUGCGUAUGGUGUUUUGAUUGAUGGGUAUUCUCAUGCUGGUAAAAUGGAUGACGCUAUUAGGCUUCGAGAUGAGAUGUUGAAAAUGGGAUUAAAGAUGAAUUUAUUUAUUUGUAAUUCUUUGGUCUACGGUUUCUGUAAAAAUGGUCAAGUUUGUGAGGCGGAGAAGGUGUUGAUGCAUAUGGGAGACUGGUGCUUAAAACCAGAUUCUUACAGCUAUAGUACUCUCAUGGAUGGAUAUUUAAGGCAGGGUCUUACCAGUAAGGCUAUCAGGAUUUUCAAUGAGAUGCUUCAAGAUGGAAUACAACUAACUGUUGUAGCUCAUAAUACUCUUCUAAAGGGUUUAUGUCGUGUUGGCGCCUUUCAGGAUGCUUUGCACCUUUGGCAGUCGAUGAUAAAAAAAGGUGUGGCUCCUGACGAGGUCAGCUAUUGUACUUUGCUUGAUGGGCUCUUCAAGUUGGGAGAUUUUUCAAGGGCUUCGACCUUGUGGAAUGGUAUUCUAGCAAGGGGUUUUGGCAGAAGUACGUAUGCUUUCAAUACAAUGAUUAAUGGGUUCUGUAAAAUGGAGAAGAUGGUUGAAGCAGAGGAGAUCUUUAACAAAAUGAAGGAACUCGGUUGUAAACCAGACGGAGUAACAUAUAGAACUCUAAGUGAUGGAUAUUCUAAACUUGGAAAUGUUGAAGAAGCUCUUAGAGUUAAAGAGCAAAUGGAAAAGGAAUCAAUUUUUCCUUCAAUUGAACUGUAUAAUUCUCUUAUUAGGGCACUUUUUAAGUGUAAGAGAACUAGUAAAGUGAUGGAUCUUCUUUCUGAGAUCAGCAUUAAGGGAUUAUCUCCUGAUGUUGUCACUUAUGGUACCCUUAUUGCUGGUUGGUGUGAUGAAGGGAGACUGGAUAAAGCUUUUAGUGCGUAUUUUGAUAUGAUUGAAAAGGGGUUUUCUCCAAAUGUUACUAUUUGCAGUAAAAUUGUCAGUAGUCUGUAUCGACUUGGUAGAAUAGAUGAAGCAAAUAUGCUGUUGCAGAAGAUGGUGGAUUUGGAUGUUUUUGUAGAUCGUGGAUGUUUUGAUAGGUUUUGCAAGGCAGAUAAUGGAUUUCUAGACAGUCAGAAAAUUGCAGACACUAUAGAUGGAAGUGCCCAAAGUUUUGCUUUGCCCAAUAGAGUGGUAUACAAUAUAGCUAUUGCAGGGCUUUGCAAGUCUGGCAAGGUUGAUGAUGCGAGAAGAUUUUUCUCGAGUUUGUUGCAGAGAGGAUUUAGUCCAGAUAAUUUCACAUACUGUACCUUGAUUCAUGGAUGUUCAGCUGCUGGUAAUGUGAAUGAUUCUUUCAAAUUACGUGAUGAGAUGAUGAUGAAAUGGGGUCUUUCUCCAAACAUAAUCACUUAUAACGCUUUGAUGACUGGCCUUUGUAAAUCAGGGAAUCUGGAUCGAGCCCAUAGGCUUUUUAAUAAACUUCAUUUGAAGGGCUUAGCUCCUAAUGUUAUUACUUAUAAUAUACUGAUUGAUGCAUACUGUAAGAAUGGUAGUACUAGAGAAGCCUUGGAUUUGAGAAACAAGAUGUUAAAAGAAGGAAUUUCUCCUUCCAUCAUUACCUACUCUACCUUGAUUUAUGGUUUUUGUAAACAGGGAGAUGUGGAAAAGGCAAUUUACUUUUUAGGCGAGAUGCAAGAGUUAUUUGCAGAUCAAAAUUUAACCAAUUUUGUCAAGUUGGUUGAGAGUCGUGUUAAUUGUGGAGAAGUGAAGAAGAUUUCGAAGCUUCACAAUAUGAUGAAUUCAACCAUUCCCUUUACUGGUAUUAUUACUCAAAAAGCGAGGGAGUUAGAUGUGCUGUCAAACGCUAAAGAAAUGCAGGGUGGAUGUAUAAUGUCAGAAGCUGUGUGUUGACGUUGCAGGCUGUUCUUUUUAGUAGAAGUUAUGUGGAUUUCAGCCCUUUACUUGAGAAGUCGGGUAAGAACUGAUGGAGUCUGCCUCUUGAACUUCUUGCUCUUGAAGCUGCCAAUGUUCAUGCCAUCUUAGAAAGUGAACCUUUGAUAGAAAAGGUGCUGCAUGGGCUUGAGGCUGCAACCAAUUGUAUUGAUGACAUGGAUGAACGGUUAGGCAUCUCCAACAUGAAACUUAGACGCAUGAGAGAAGAUAUUGAAUCUAUAGACUUGCUCUUAUCCCUUUCGAUGGGGUGACUGCUUUUGUAAGAGGUGAAUGUGCUAAAUAUUAUUUCCCAAGAAGAUUUCAUGUGGAAGCAAGACGACGCCGACCUCCUCAAUCUUCUUACAAGCAAAAAGUUGAUGGCAUUCUUGAGUACACACUGAGCUCGAGCUCGAACUGCGUAGAAUAAUUGGCAAUCACAGUCUUAUAGCUUCUGAUUCAAGGUUUGGGACAAACAAAUUAAAGAUUCCUGUUCACAGCCUUGUCGUGUUCAAUGCCGAGAAGAAGGCCAUUCCAGUAGCUUGGAUAAUAACUCCAAGAUUUGCUAGUGCAGAAGCAUAUAAAUGGAUGAGGGCACUUUACAAUAGGGUUUGUACAAAAGACCCUACAUGGAACUUGGUUGGGUUCAUAGUGGAUAAUCCUUUAACAGACAUCCUUACGAUCAUUUUUG